CCGGGGUAGCUGCUCUCGUAGCGCCCCCUGGCGCUGGGCCCAGCUGCUACAGGGGAGGAGUUACUGCCGCUGUUCGGCAUCAGAACUUACCAUGAUGGCUGUGACUUAAAAUCUUCAGGAACCCCCGGGGUCAUGGCCCAGAAGCACCCCGGACAAAGAGGGUUGUGUAGAGCCCACCACAGUAGUGGUGCCUCUCUUGGGACUUUAGGACCCUCUGUAGACCCUGAAAUACUUUCAUUCUCAGGACUCAGGGACUCAAGGAGGCCUGCUCCUAAUGGUACCCGCUGCCUCACAGAGCACUCUAGUCUUAAGUACACUCAGCCCCCAAACCCAGCUCACUGGUCGGAUCCAAGCCAUGGUCCCCCAAGGGGUCCAGGACCCCCUAGAGAUGGAGAGGACCUUGAUCAGAGUGAGGCAUCUUCAGAAGAAGAACCAGGAGUGGACCAGGAACUCUCAAGAGAGAAUGAGGAUGGGCACCAAGAGGAUGGGAACCCUUUUCUUUCUGUUCCAUCUUCUUGCAACUGCCAGGGAACCCCUGGAAUCCCUGAAGGGCCUUACUCUAGGGGAGGAGAUAACUCUUCUAGCAACUUUUGCCACCACUGUACCUCUCCAGCUUUGGGGGAAGACGAGGAGUUUGAAGAGGAAUAUGAUGAUGAGGAACCCAAGUUCCCCAGUGAUUUUUCACGUAUGCCCAGUGGAAAGAAACCUCCACCCCGGAGACAGCGGCACCGUGUUCCAGCCAAGGAGGAUACACGGGAGGGUGGACGGAGAGAUCCCAGGACCCCUGGUCGACAUCGGCUGGGCCGGAAACGAAGUCAGGCAGAUAAGCACAGAGGCCUGGGAUUAUGGGGAGCAGAAGAACUGUGUCAGCUUGGACAGGCAGGCUUCUGGUGGUUGAUUGAACUGCUGGUAUUGGUGGGAGAGUAUGUGGAAACUUGUGGUCAUCUCAUCUAUGCAUGCAGGCAGCUGAAAGGCAGUGAUUUGGACCUUUUUCGAGUCUGGGUGGGAGACUGGGCAGGGCAGCUGGGGGGUUGGGCCCGGGUGAUGUUCCAAUUUCUGAGCCAGGGAUUUUGCUAUGGGGCAGGGCUCUUCACCCGUUUUCUUAGGCUACUGGGUGCUUUGCUGCUUCUGGCUCUGGCCCUCUUCUUGGGCUGUCUGCAAUUGGGUUGGCGGUUUCUUGUGGGACUAGGUGACCGGUUAGGCUGGAGGGGUAAAGCCACCUGGCUCUUUUCUUGGCUGGAAUCUCCCACCUUGCAGCGUUGUCUGAUUCUGCUGAGAGAUAGCAGGCCAUGGCAGCAGCUCGUAAGAAUAGUUCAAUGGGGUUGGCUGGAGUUGCCUUUGGUCAAACAGAGAACUAAUAGGCAGGGGGAUGCACCUGUAGCGAGUGGUCGCUGCUGCCAGCCUGAAGAGGAAGUGACUAGGCUCUUGACCAUGGCCGGGGUUCCUGAAGAUGAGCUAAACCCUUUCCAUGUGUUGGGGGUUGAAGCCACAGCAUCAGAUGUUGAACUGAAGAAGGCCUAUAGGCAGUUGGCAGUGAUGGUUCAUCCUGACAAAAAUCAUCAUCCCCGGGCUGAGGAGGCCUUCAAGGUUUUGCGGGCAGCUUGGGACAUUGUCAGUAACCCUGAAAGGCGGAAGGAAUAUGAGAUGAAACGAAUGGCAGAGAAUGAGCUGAGCCGGUCAGUGAAUGAGUUUCUGUCCAAGCUGCAGGAUGACCUCAAAGAGGCAAUGAAUACUAUGAUGUGCAGCCGAUGCCAAGGAAAACACAGAAGGUUUGAAAUAGACCGGGAACCUAAGAGUGCCAGAUACUGUGCUGAGUGUAAUAGACGACAUCCUGCUGAAGAAGGAGACUUUUGGGCAGAGUCAAGCAUGUUGGGCCUCAAGAUCACCUACUUUGCGCUGAUGGAUGGGAAGGUGUAUGACAUCACAGAGUGGGCUGGAUGCCAGCGUGUGGGAAUCUCCCCAGAUACUCACAGAGUCCCCUAUCACAUCUCAUUUGGUUCUCGGAUCCCAGGCACCAGUGGACGACAGAGAGCCACCCCAGGUGCCCCUCCUGCAGACCUUCAGGACUUUUUGAGCCGGAUCUUUCAAGUACCCCCCGGACAGAUGUCCAAUGGGAACUUCUUUGCAGCUCCCCAUUCUGGCUCUGGGGCCACUGCAGCUUCCAAGCCCAACAGCACAGUACCCAAGGGAGAAGCCAGACCGAAGAGGCGGAAGAAAGUGAGGAGGCCCUUCCAACGUUGACA